AUGGAAAAAGGAAGUUGCAUCACAGAGUCGUCUCCGGCCGUCCGUCCAUCAGUCUGUCUGCAGGACGCUCAACAACAUGCUGCUUCUCCUCACCUUCAGCGGAGUCCUCCUCACAGUCGGCGUGUCGGCCGUCACCACGGAGACGGUGGUGGGCGUGGCCGGGAGCACGGUGACGCUGCCAUGUCACGCCGAGGCCGUGAGUCAGGGAGGAGUGGAGGUGUGCUGGGGCGGGGCCAACCAUCACUGUUCACCUGCCAAGACAUGGUGAUCCACGCCGCCGGAGACCGGCCCACAUACAGGAAGUCACUCAGGUUCUCCGUGUCCUCGUCCUCGUCUCUGACCAUCUUCGGCUCUCGACCGUCGGACGCUGGUUUCUAUCACUGCAGAGUUCUGCUGGCCGGUCUGUUCAACGACCAGACGACCAGCGUUCACCUCAUCCUCAUCCAGCCUCGCUCUGAUGUCUCUGACUCAUCAGACGGAGACGAUGACGGGAACCUGAACGCACCACACACGCCAGGUUACAUCACAUGGGGAAGUGAUGUCACGGGGGAGAACUCCACGGGGCCAAUGGAGCCGCUGGUUCAGUCGUCGGUGAAUCAGCAGCAGGUCAACAGUCUGCAGAGCUUCCUCGGAAACACACUGAGAGUCUCCUUCAUCAUCUUCAUUCCUGCACUGCUGCUGACUGCUGCUUACGGUGUUUGGAGGUCAGAGAGCAACAGGAGGAGCCAAUCAGAGGAGGAGGAGAACAGCUCUGUGUAAACAGGAAGUCACUGUAAUGUGUUUUUAUUUCUCCUGAAUCAACGAGUCAUCACGUGACUCACCUUUUAUUAA